GUAUGUUGUUAACCAUAGUAGAGAAAUAACGUAAAUUCAUUACCUAAAAAAAAGAAGACAACUCCAAAACAUACUAACAUUUCAAUGAUUACUGAUUUGACUAAAUUAAAACUACGGGAUGAUUAUUAUUAAAUAGACGAUCUUUAAAAUCUACGUAUAAGACAUAUAGAUUCAAUAGAAAAUAGAAAUAUAUACACUUUGUGAGUAAUAUCCACAUAGAAGUUGAGAUGUUAACUGUUCAGUUGGUUGAUUUAGAUAAUCGUCACAAUCAUCAUCAACAACAACAACAACAACAACGGCAACAACAUUCAAAUUUUAAUAAUCAUCAUAGUUACUGUAUUGGUAAUCAUCCAACUCGUUACCACCAAUCAUAUCUUAUGCCACAAGAUCAUUUUACUCAUGAUGAUGAUAAUAAUAAUAAUAAUAAUCCAAUAACAAAAUUAACAGCUCUUACAUUCGGUACUUCAACAUGUCUUGAUAAUAAUGAUAAUAAUAAUAAUAAUUUUAUUGAUGGUAAUAUUAUUAACAACCAUAGCAACAAGUCAACCUUCAUAAACUUUAAAAAAAUUCAUUCAAAAUAUUGUUCUUCUUCUUCUACAGUUAAUAUCAAUAUUUAUUCCAAUUCUAUGAUCAAACAUCAUUUGGACAAAGUUAAUGAAUUAAGACAAGAGGAAGUCAGGAGAAUAGAAAGACACCAUAAUAAUAAUAAUAAUUUACAACAAAUCAAAUCAAAUCAAGAUAUUGAUUAUGAUCAAUUACAAUCUGAUAUCAAUCCAAAUCACUCGGAUCAAGAUCAAGAACAGAAUAUUUUAAGAACAGAAGAAUUAACAGUUGAUGAAAGUUGUAUAGAGAAAAAUGCCUUGACAACAACAACAAGAUUAACUAAUGAUCAUAAUCAUGAUACCAUUGUGAAUAAUAAUCAUUCCAUGUUACUAAGUGAUGGAAACAAUUCUAUGCAACGAAAUACGUCAUUUGAUGAUAUAAAACCUUUAAUUUUAGGAAAUUUAAUUGAUUCAUCAAAUGAAAUGAAAAAUUACCGGUGUACACAUUUCUGUCCAAAAUUAUGGAAUUCAGUUAAAAAUGAAAUGGAAUUUCCAAUGAAUAUUAAUCCCCCUAUUCCUAUCCCAAAUAAUUCAAUUGAGAAUAAUCAUAAUUCUGAUAAUAAUGAUUAUGAAUUUACAAGAUCAAAUAUUUGUAAUUUAUGUAAUGUGACAGAACAACUUUGGUCAUCAUCGUCAUCAUCAACAUCAACGUCAACAUCAUCAUCAUCAUCAUCGUCAUCGUCGGAACCAUUAGCUAUAGAAUCAUCAUCAUCAUUAUCGGAUAGAUUAGAAGAUAAACAAACAACAUUCUCACAAUCAUUUGAAUUGAUUAAUUUACAUUGUACUUCAUGUCAUGAAUGUAUACAUGACAAAUUAUUCUUAUGUAUGGAUAAUAAAUAUUGGCAUUUGAAUUGUUUAAGAUGUUAUAAAUGUGGUAUUACAUUACAAUGGGAGAAAACAUGUUUUGUUAAAAAUGAUAUGGUUUUUUGUCGUGAACAUUAUAAAAGACUUUCUUCUUGUUUUCGAUGUGGUAUUAAAUUAAAUAAAAAUGAUUUAAUUUUUCAAGUUAAUUAUGAUACAUUAUAUCAUGAAUCAUGUUUCACUUGUUAUACUUGUGGUCGUUUAUUAAAAUAUGGUGAUACAUAUAUAUUAGAAAAUCAAACUAUUCAAUGUUCAUCACAUACUACUACUACUACUACUAAUCAUACUACUAAUAAUGAUCAAUCAUUUAUAAUAAAUAAAACAUCUAAUGAUACCAAUCAUUCUUAUAUUCAUUCAAAUAUCAAUAAUCAAUUUCCUAAUUUAAUAAAUUUUUUACAAUCACCAAACUCCAUUAAUUUCUAUCAAGAAAAUAAUAAGUUUUAUAAAAAUUUAAAAAAAAUUACAAAAAAUUUUUCAUCUCAUUCAUUAACACCACCUUCAUAUGAUUAUCAACAACAAAAUGAUUUAUCGAUUAUUUAUGAAACUACUACUACUACUACUAAUAAUAAUAAUAGUAGUAAUAAUAAUAAUGAUAAAUUUUCCAAUAAUGAUGAAAAUAAUCAACAAAAAAAUGAAAAAAAUUCAAUGAAUAAUAUAAUUAUGAAUUAUUCAACGGAACAAUUAACUCCUUUAUUAGUAACUAAUUCAUUAUUAUUAGAAAAGAAUAAAUUAAUCAAUUUAACUAAUCAUAUUGAUGAUUGUCAAAAUUAUUUAAUUAAAUCUCAUAAUGAAGAUGACAAUGAAAAUCUUUCUGAUUGUUUACAAAUCCCUAUGAAAACCUUUUCAUAUCAUGAAAAAGAUUUAAACAAAUUAACCAAUUCACAAUUUUGUUUAAAUGAUACAAAUCAUAAUAAUAAUUAUAUUACUGAUUAUGUCAUUUCAAAUACAAAAUUAUCAACUAUUAAUUAUAAUGAAUCCAUGGAAAUAAAAGAGAUCACGGAAACUGAUAAUACCAGGAUUAAUUUAUUACCAAGUAUAGAAACUGUAACACAAUCAUUCAAUACUAAAUCUAAUAUUAUCAUUGAUAGUUUAAAUAAUGACAUUAAUACAAAUUGUAUAUUGAAUACAAUUUCUACUAGAACACCAAUUAGUACAGUUUUAACUUCACCAUUAUAUUCAUUCUGUUCCCCAUCGUUGUCAUCUUCUUCUUCACCUUCAUUAUCAUCGAUAUGUAUUUCAUUAUCAACUUCACCACCAUUAUGUCCUAUUGGAAAUUUUACAAAUGUUAGUUCUAUAUCAACAACUAGUCUAUCUACAAAUAAAGAUGUACACAAUAUAAUCACAUUGAAUGAUACUAAUCAAAAUCAUAUUAUUAAUAAAAGAGAAUUACCAAUGUUAACAGAUUUAUGUGAAACUUCAACUAACAACAAACAACAACAACAACAACCUCCAUUAAAUGAAACUAUGACAAAUGAAGUCGUGAAUAAAACAUCUGUGAAAUCUGUUAAUUUAUUUAAAAAUACAAAAUCAGAUCAAUUCAAAUCAACAAAAUCAAUAAAAUUUUUAAAAAAAUUCGAUAAUGAACGUUUAAUAACUAAUGAAAAACUACAUAGACGUAUAGAUAAAAAUACAGGAAAAAUUAAAAGAAUACGUACAUCAUUUAAACAUCAACAAUUAAGAAUAAUGAAAUCAUAUUUUGAAUUUAGUCAUAAUCCUGAUUCAAAAGAUUUAAAACAAUUAUCACAAAAAACUGGUUUAUCUAAACGUGUUUUACAAGUUUGGUUUCAAAACGCUCGAGCUAAAUUUCGUCGAAAUAUAAAUAAUCAAAUCUAUACAGAUCGAUUAAAACAAAAAGAAAUCAAUUCAAUUAAUCAAUAUUCUACAUCAUCAUCACCACCACCAUCAAUAUCAACAUUAACAACACAAAAUAUUAAUAAUAAUUCCAAUAUAAUCAAUAAAUCAUUAUAUCCAUGUUUAACUGAAUAUGAUUAUAAAGAUGAAGAAAAAAUCGAUAAUUUUUAUGUAAAAUCAAUCAAUUCAGAUUAUAAUCAUUAUUUAAAUGUUUCAUUAAAUUCAAAUAAUGAAUCAAUAAUCAAUAAUAAUAAUAAUUUAAUACAAUCUAAUAAUAUUCAAUCGAAUUUAAUAAUAUGUACAACCAAUAAUAUUACAUCAUAUACUGAUAAUUUAUCACAAUCAGUUCGAUAAUAUAAAUAUAUAUAAUCUAUUUUGGGAAACAUUACUUACUUACUUACUUACUUAC